UCAUUCAGUCUCAACGCUACUAUUGCAGUGAAUGGUCUUAUAAAUCAAGGUAUGUUUAUAAUUAUAGAACUUUUCACAUAACUGUAUUAAAUAUAGGUAGCAUGGUUAUACUGAUUUCUUAAGCAUAAGCCAGGUGUCAUUAAUAAUAUCGAGGGGCAAAGGGGGCAAUCACACCUAGAAAGUGUAUACGGAACGUUUGGACUUUUGAAAGUUCGCGGCCUUUAUAGAUUGAACGUUUUCAAUGUCUUGUCGGACUUGUGGGUGACUUUCUUAGUUAAUACAGGAAUAUUUUCUUGUUAUUUUCAAUGUUCUGGUAAAGCUGUGUCGGUAAAUUCAAUUAUAUUUUCCCAAUUCGAUAAAAAAUUUUUUGUUAACUGAAAUAAUAUGCAAUUACUUUAUGGUUUUCGUGUUUGGAUGGCCUGAUCCAAACACGCAGGAAUGUUUCUCGAGUUAAGAAGCGCGAAACACGAGCCGAAGGCGAGUGAUUUUGCGCGCUUUUCUUAACUCGAGCAACACUUCCCAAGUGUUUGGAUCAGGCCAUCCUAACAGAGAAACCAUAAAGUAAUUGUUUUAUAAAAUAACAACAUGUUGGAUGGCCUGAUCCAAACACGGGUUUCGACCAAUCAGAACACGCGUUAUAUACAUGUUAUUUUAUAAUCGUAGUUCCAGAGCAGUUUUCAGAAUUGAUGUAUUUACUAGAGGAUAAAAUUUCAUUCAGUACGUAGACAAAUACAAUACGCAUCCGUCGUAUUCCUUCAGAUUUUCAUUCAAUUCAGAAAUAAAUUCUAGAUUUCAAGGGUACAUCCACAAUUAACUUGUGGAUUUUUCGUUCUUUUACAGACUUUGGACUUUUCGGACUAUACACGGGCUUUUUGUCAAAGUGUAUAUUCACGACUUUCAGACUGAUUUGCCCCUCAAACUACAUAAUUGUAUAUUUUAAGAUAAUAAUACAGUAGUUAAAUGGCUGAGAUUACAAAUGUAGAUCGAUAGUAAAUAAACAAAUGAAAUGGUUCGGUUAAACUUUUUUCUUUUAGUUUUCUCCUUUUUUUAACUUUUUUUUUUUUUAAAUUUAUUUUUCCCAAGUAUAAAAAUGUAUUUAUGAUAUAUAUAUAUAUAUAUAUAUAUUACAAUAAUUGUAAAGAUUGUGGGCCAUUGUGUAGCUGGAAAUCUUUGCAGACGUUUUUAAUUUAUAAGGUCCCUAGUUAUAUUUAUUUGUAUUGGAUUACAUAAUCAAUUUUUGCAGUCAAUUAAUCAACAAUAUGCGAAAUUUUUUACUAUAACGUCACGAUAAGUGCCUUGCAUGCAGUCUUGGUGGGCACUUGUGAAGGACAACAACAACGGAUUUAUUUAGGGUUUCGAAGCUAACAAGCUUCCAAAUUGCUGCAAUGAACGAGUUUCUAAUUGCCGGGGUUUUAAUUAAGUUUCUCCAAUCCUGAACGGCCUAGUGGGCCUAACAGGUACUCGUCUGGUGUUCUUUUAUUGAAAUAAGAAAAAAAAAACAAUUGAAAGACUGGUUAUAAUUCUUAAUUAAAAAUAUUUAACAAUUUCAAUUUAACAAAAAUAUUUAACAAUAUUUAACUGAUGAUAAAAUUUCAUAAAGUACAUGUAGGCAAAUAUAGUCCAUGACUUAUACUCCAAGGCAUUUUUAAUACUAUGGACUGAUCGGGCAUUUGCCCCACUGCAUGGGACCCUUCCUCUCCCCCGCUAAUUAAAGAAAAAAAGGCAUAUUGCCCCAAAGCCAUUGAAAAGAAGUUUAAAAAACAAACAUUUUUGCUGAACAUACUUAAACUUAUCAGUUAAUUGUGUUUGAAUGUUUAGUGUGCAAUUUAUUACAAAUUUCACCAUUAAAACUUUUUUGAGAAUCUUCGUAAACUUUUUAUUUAAGUCGCGAUAAUUAUAUUCAUUGUAUUAGAUUACGUAAUCAAUUUUUUACAGUCAAUCAAUACAAUAGGUAAAAUCUCUAGAUCUUAAUCUCUAUGUUUUUUUCCAUAAACUUGAUAACUGCUUUGCAUGCGACCUUAUAGUGGGCUCAUGUGAAGGACCACAGCAAUUGAUUUAUUUAGGGUUUUGAAGCUGACAAGCUUUUAAAAUGCUGCUGCAAAAUGUUAGCUAAAUUAAAGCUCUGAAAUACUGGACGCCAGCUGGUGGGCCUAUAUACCAGGUACUCAUCUGGUGUUCUUUUCUUGAAAUAACAGAAAAACAAUUGAAACACUGUUUAGAAUUUUUACUGAGAUUUUUUAACAAUGAACUAAUAUUAUUAAAACAUCGUAUCAGUAAUUUAGUCCCAACGGUAUUAUUGCAGUGAAUACUUUGGUCUUAUAAUUUAAGGUACAAAAAUAGGCAGCAUAAUUAUUGACUUAUUAUAAGCAUAGAUGUUACUUAAAAUUUCGAGGGACAAAUCACUCCUAGGAAAUUUUCGGAACUCUUGGAGUUUCGAAAGUCAAAAGAUCUUAUGAUUGGACUUUUAGAAAUUUUGCUCGACGUUUGAGGACCUCUUGCAGUUAACGAAGCAAUACUUUCUUUUUAUUUUCAAUGUUCUUGUGAAGCUAUAUAUGCAGUAGAAUGCAAAUAUAUUUUAUCAAAACAAUAAAAUAAUAUUUGCCAGACUUGUUUAUUUUGUUCCAAAGCCGUCCUCAGAAUUCGUAUUUACUGAUGAUAAAAGUUCAUAUAAUACAUGAAUAACUAUAAUGCCAAUCCGUCGCAAACUUUUAUGCUUGCUUUUAAAUGUAGCCAUCAGUAUGCACCUCUCUAUCUUGUCGAUCUUUUAAAAGUAAGAAAGACAUCGUGCUAUAGUCUAAGAUCUAACGAAGGCACACUGCUUGAAGACCACAGCACAAAAACAAAGAAAACACUCGGUGACAGAGCAUUUGUAACUUCCGCUCCAAAAAUCUGGAAUGAAUUACCUAUGUAUAUUAGAAAUCUGCAUAACUUUAGUAUUUUCAAGAAAUUAGUUAAAACUUAUUAUUUCGAAGAAGCCUUUAAUGUAAAUAGUUCAUGUAACAUAUAAUCUAUAUAAUCUUCUUUAUAUUUUUAGUUAGUAACCCGCAUUCAGCACAACCUCGUACCCAGGGUAUUUGCUGCAUUCAGCAUAGAAUAAUUUUAGUGUAAUUAUGUUUUGUGAUGCGCAUUUGAUCAUACUAUAACAUGUUAAUUUGCGCAAUAUAAAUAUUAAAUAUUAUUAUUAUUAUUAUAUUUAAUUCAGACCUGAAUUUUACAUCACGAGGGUGUAUUUUAGGAAUUUAAUUGUUUUAAAAAAGUUUUAAUUUUUUCACAGGGUAUUUGUUUAUUCCUCGUCAAAUUGUGAAGAAUGAAAGUUUUGUUGCCUUUCGUUUGUGUCGUUCUGCUCGUUGCGUUCACGACAGCAGAUACUGUAGGAGGUUCGUAUCAUCCUUCAUACUUGAAUAUCAAUGAUUUUCAUUGUUUUUUUCCAUGGAAUUAAAGCCCAGGGCGAACUUGGUAACAUUCAGGAAGCUACAUUUCUCUUGUCUUAAAGGAGGCAAACCAAGAAACAUUGUUUCCUAGCCUGUAGUCAUGUUUUCUUAGGCGAAAGACGCACCACCGUAGGAUCACGAGUUUCUGGUUUGGGUGAAUUAGAUAACCACGCCCUGUGUAAUUGAACUUAAUUAAGCAACUCAUUAUCAAUAAUUAAUUCAAUUAUCAUUAUUAUUACUAUUAAUUCAAUGACUCAUUACCUUUAAAGAUUCAGCUGA